AUGGCGGAGAAAGGUGUUGAGAGUAAGAGACUAAAAGAGGUGACAAGUCUGGUCAGGAAGGGUGCAAGGAGAAUAACUCUUAGUAUUGGUGAUGGUGCCAACGACGUUAGCAUGAUUCAAGCUGCUCAUGUUGGUGUUGGAAUAAGUGGGCAGGAAGGAAUGCAAGCUGUGAUGGCUAGUGAUUUUUCAAUCGCUCAGUUCCGUUUUCUUACAGACUUACUUCUUGUGCAUGGACGAUGGUCAUAUCAUAGAAUAUGCAAGGUUGUGACAUACUUCUUUUACAAAAAUCUGACAUUUACUUUGACUCAAUUCUGGUUCACCUUCCAAACUGGGUUUUCUGGUCAAAGAUUUUAUGACGAUUGGUUUCAGUCUCUGUAUAAUGUUAUUUUCACAGCCCUGCCUGUCAUUGUUUUUGGACUUUUCGACAAGGAUGUCAGUGCUUCCCUUUCCAGGAAAUACCCCGAAUUAUACAAGGAAGGAAUUAGAAAUACCUUCUUCAAAUGGAGAGUUGUGGGGAUCUGGGCUUUCUUUGCGAUUUACCAAUCACUAGUCUUGCAUUAUUUUGUGCUUGCUCCUACUUCAAGUGGCAUAAAUUCAUCUGGCAAGAUGUUUGGCCUGUGGGAUGUCAGCACUAUGGCCUUCACUUGUAUCGUAGUAACUGUCAACUUGCGUCUACUUAUGAUGUGCAAUACAAUCACAAGGUGGCAUUAUAUUAGUGUUGGAGGAAGCAUAUUAGCAUGGUUUAUAUUCGUCUUUAUUUACUCAGGUGUUGCCUUGCCAAAAGCUCAGGAGAACAUUUAUUUCGUCAUUUAUGUCUUGAUGAGUACAGUUUGUUUCUACCUCACCCUUCUUCUUGUUCCUAUUGCUGCGCUUCUAUGCGACUUCGUUUAUCAAGGGGUUCAGAGAUGGUUCUUCCCCUAUGAUUAUCAGAUUAUCCAGGAAAUUCACAGGCACGAGCCAGAUAAUAGCAGGGUUGGAUUGCUGGAGAUUGGUAAUGAGCUUUCACAAGAUGAGGCAAGGAGCUUUGCCAUAGCACAACUCCCCGGACAGAAAUCGAAGCACACUGGAUUUGCAUUUGACUCACCCGGUUAUGAGUCCUUUUUUGCUUCACAAGCAGGAGUGUUUGUCCCUCAAAGGGCAUGGGAUGUGGCUCGGAGAGCCAGCAUGAAGUCACGGGCAAAGACACCUCGAAAGAACUAA